AUGCAGUUCAAACUGUUAUUAGUGUCUUUUGUGUUACAUUAUUCAGCUGCCGAAUAUUACAAGACCAAGCCCGAUUUCGUAAAGACAUGCUACAAAAGCGACCCAGAAUUUGACGAUUGCUCGAAAGAAGCCGUGCAACAACUGUUUAAGGCCCUGGGACCCGGCUUACCAGAAAUUGGUAUGGUCGCAUUAGAUCCUUUAAAAAUUCCGAAAAUAAGGAUUUUACAAGGCGAAGGUCCUGUGAAUGUUAACGCGGCACUCGAUGACGUCAUAGUCACCGGCUUUGGAGCGACAGAGGUUUUGCUCAAUCAGGUAGAUAGCAAAACGUAUGAUUUCUACACGAAAGUACGAGUACCAAAAAUAAGAAUCGAAGGAACUUAUGAUUUAAAGGGAAAAAUAUUGUUAAUUCCGUUGGUAGGUCGGGGUCUCUGCUGGUUUGAGCCGACAAAUAUGACUAUUGAUAUUUUAAGUGACGUUAAGUUGUACGAAAAAGACGAAUUUGUAUUUUUUAAUGUAACUGGGGCACAUGUGAAAUAUACCAUAGGAGGAUUAAAUCUGCGAAUGAAUAAUCUAUUUGAUGGUAUUUCAUCAUUAGAGGACAGCACCAACGCCUACCUAAACGCCAACUGGAGGCCAGUAUCAGAAUCAUUACGUCCAAUCUUAUCAAAAACUAUAGAAGAUAUUUUACUUGGUUUCAUGCAGCAAUUAUUCCACAACUUACCUGCGAAUUACAUGAUUGGAGAUAUUAAAAAUAGCUCGGUAUUAAAGAAAGCUGACAAAAAAGUCUGA